AUGGCCGACGCGAAGGGCGUGAACGUCAACCGGACGGCGGGCCUGCUGGGCCUGUUCUCCGCCUUCCUGCUGGUGGAGGGGGUCAUACGUGUGGCGCUCGUCCUGGCUCUGAACCACGAUUCCGACGAAGACCCCAACGCGGAUUGGGACGGCAUGGGUGGGGACACGUUUCCGGAGUGGCUGCGCUUCGUGGGGGCCCUGCUGGAGGUGGCGGCGGGCGUGGCGGGCCUGGGCCUGGCGCUGGGCGUCAUGGCCUUCGACUACCACAGCGCGGCAAUCACGGGGGCCGGCGUCAUGCUGAUGCUGUCGCUGUGGUUCACCUUUGUGGUGUUCGUCUUCGCGCAGCCCGCCUUCGACGCCAGCAAGCUCGACGCCUCCAGGCACGACGACCUCACGCUGGGCCAGUGGCGGGGCGUCGUGACCCUGGGGAUCAUCGGCUCCGCGGGCUACUGCGGCGCGCUGCAGGGCGGCCAGGUUUUCUUCGCCUGGCAGUUGUGGCGCAUUGGCGCGGGCGACGCCUCCCAGUACACCAAGCCGUACUACGCCGCGCGCCUGGUCUACUACUCCACCCUAGCGCUGCUGGCCGGCGUCUCCCAGCUGGCGAUCGGGAUCUUCAUCAGGGACGAGGUGGGCGAGGGGCGGCUUGAGGGCCCCCAGCGCGUGGGCGCCCCGCCCUACUUCAUCGCCUACCCAGAGCUCAACAUCGCCGCGGGCCUGCUGGUGACCUUCGCGUCGCUGGCGGGCUACGUGCGUGCGGUGGCGCAGCGCCCCAGCGGGCGGCUGGUGUUCGCGUGGCUGUGGGCGUGCACGUGGAUGGUCCAGGUCCUGUUCAUGGCCGUAACGCAGCUGGGCCUGUGGUCCACGGGCACCCCGCUGGAGCGCACCCAGCGCGUGUUCGUGUCCGGCAUGCUCGUGGGGCUGACGCUGUCGGUGUCCAUCCUGCCGCCGUACAUGGACGCCAUGAUGCACAGCCCAGACGCCGGCGCCAGCCCGGGAGGGGACUCGAAGAUGAGCCUGAUGCCGAGCGGGGGUGCGUGA